AGGAACUCCACACUGAAACAGGUGCAUCACACGUGAAUGUUGAAAUAUUCCUCUCAAAUCAGUCAGAGAAAGAGUCAGAAAGAAGGACUUUAAACAAGAGGUCAGCCAUACAGUUAUGAACAAUUACACAGAUAACGUCUCUUAUUUUGACUUUUAUGAUGGUGAUGAUGUGGAACCUUGUAACCUGACAUGGUUCAACGAACAGCAAGUGACCAUCCCAACAUUCAUCUACUCUCUGAUUUGCGCACUCGGCCUGGUGGGCAACGUUUUGGUCCUCCUAACAUACUCCUUCUACAAGAAAGCAAAAUCCAUGACCGAUAUCUACCUGGUUAAUGUGGCGCUGGCGGAUCUCCUCUUUGUCAUCGCCCUUCCACUGAUCAUCUACAACGAACAGCACGACUGGAGCAUGGGCAAUUGGGCUUGUAAGUUUCUGAGAGCAGCCUACAGUAUCAAUGUGUACAGCAGCACGCUCCUGCUGGCCUGCAUCAGCGGCGACCGCUACAUCGCCAUCGUGCAAGCCCGACGAUCGAUUCGAAUUCGAUUGCAAGCUCAGGUGUACAGCCGUCUCAUCUGCUUGGUCAUAUGGCUGCUUGCUUUUAUCUUGUCUCUGCCUACUUUUAUAUAUUACCAGGAGGAAAACAAGGAAUGCAUCACUAACUUUGAGGAGCAUCACACCGCCAGACUCAUGAAGAUCCUGAUUCCGAGCAUGCAGAUGGUCCUCGGGUUCUUGGUGCCGUUGAUGGUUAUGAUAUUCUGCUACUCAUGCACAAUGGUGACUCUACUCAAAGCUCAAAACUUCCAGAAGCACAAGGCGAUCCGCGUGGUCCUGGCCGUGGUCUUUGUGUUCGUCCUUUGCCAUCUGCCUUACAACGUGGUGCUUCUCGUCCACACCAGUAAACGGUUCAGUGAGAGAGUCUGUGAGGAAGUACAGGCGACUCUGAUGACUUUGUCCAUCAGCAAGAGUGUGGCCUACCUUCACUGUUGCUUGAAUCCCAUUCUGUACGCCUUCAUCGGGGUUAAAUUCAGGAGCCACUUUUGUCAGAUCUUCCGAGACUUGCGGUGCCUGUGGAAACGGUACAUUUCGGGACGCUCGUCUCAUCAGAACUCUGAGCUGUACAUAUCAGCAAACAAAACCGUUGUUGGACAGAACCACGAGAACCCAUCAUCGUUUACAAUGUAAUAGAAGUUUUGAGAGAUUGUUCUCAAGGAAGCAGUGAGCUGUGGAUUGUUUGUUUGGUUCUUAGUUUGUGUUUCAGUUUCAUGGAUGCACACAAACUUUUGGUAAACUUUUUGGCUUCAGAAUAAGGUUCCAUUAAUGCAUUAACUGACAUUAACUAACAAUGAGCAAAACAUUUAUAACAGUAUUUAUGAAUCACGUCAUCGCAGGUCAAAAUAGUAUUAAUAAGUUCAAAUUUUUUUUAAUUGUCAUUGUUAGUUCAUGUUAACUAAUGUAGUUAGCUAAUGUUUAUAAUUUUACAUUUAUUGUAGUGUUACCACUUGUUUUGAAAGUAUAUGUUAAAUACUUUUGUUUACUAAUAUCAUCCUAUUCAAAUGCUUUUUUCAGCCUGGUCAACAAUGAGUGUUAGGGGUAAAAAAAAUACAUAAACAAAAUGCAUUUAUCUUGUAAAAUGCUCAGUAUAAUGCGUUAUAUAAAUAUUAAAAACCAACUUUAAUGAGAAAACCACAGCAUUUGAGCAUUAACCAUGUAAAGCCUAUUGUAUCAUAUUUGAUACACAAAUUUCAAUGCCUCUGAGUUGCUUUCUAUUAUUCAAACAUCCACCUUCAAUUUGUGCUUCACAAUUUUUUUUGCUGAUUUAUCAAGUAAACCUAAGAAUAACUUUUUUUGUUUUUAGUAAUAUUUCACGAUGCACACUUACAACUUAGGUUUACUUGAUUAUAAUUAUUUAGAAAAAUCAUGUUCAACUGUGUCUUAAAUAUGAUUAUCAGGCUUUUGAGGAACGUUUAUUUGUCAUAUUAUUAGAGAUAUAGAGUGA